ACAUUUCCUAAUUCAUUUUUAUUCCAACUCUCAGUAGCAACAGAUCAGGAACUUGAUGUGAGACUCACACAAAUAUGGCGAAAAGAGAUAACUUGACUGACAAAAUAUGGAAUGACUGUAGCCAUCUUCCCCCUGUGUUAUCUUUAGCGAAAAUUUUUCUGUUUCUGUAUUUGAUGGCUCAGGGCAAUUGUCAUUUGCUAUCUUCCAAUAUUAACUUGGAGCUUCUUGCUACGCACACUGCCUCCAAGAUGGAGUUGUAUUUAUCCAAAUACAUCGGAAAUAUGAAGGAAAAAAAACCUCUCCUGCAAAGAUACAUGAACGACUAUGCAUUAAUUAUGCAAGAAUCAAACCGGGAUGGUACAGACUGGUAUUUAUCAAAUCCCGUAAACGAGUACUUUCUCGUCAAGCGGAUGAGCGAUGGGAAUCGCAUUUUGCGAGAAUUAAUUUUUUCCAAUAGCAGCAGGCUGAUCCAUUCAGACUUAAUUGAUGAAAACGGCAGUUUUCUAACGAAUUUGCCUACUUCAGACGACGUAAGUGAAGCUGCCAUAGGUCUAGUUCGUUUGCAAACUACUUUCGAGUUAGCCACCCAAGAUCUAGCUGAGGGAAAACUGUUAGUUUUAUCUAUUGGUCUAAAUUCAACAUCUCGUCAUCGAAUGGCCGCCGGCGACUGCUCGGAAUUGGGUCGACAAGCUUACUUAAUCGGGGAAGAUGAAACUGCAAUGGGUUGGAUGCAAGAGUCUCUUGUGAGAUACAAACAAGAAGCCGAUAAUGAGAAAUCGGUUGGCAUUGAAGACAUCCUGAAGUAUUAUGCAUUUUCUUCUCUCAAUCAAGGGCAUAAUGCCACGGCUUCACAAUUAACUCGACAAUUGAUCCAGUUACUUCCUGGUGGCCAGUCAGAACUCCAGACUAUUUUUAAAUUGGAAUCUGAAUUACGCGCUUCUACAAUUGCAAAUACGGGGCACGCUUUCCAUGACCGAGAUUACAAGGCUCUUUGCAGAGGAGAGACCGUCAUGAAACCGAUACCCGAUUCACCUUUACACUGCAGUUACUCCGGCGCAAAGGAACUGUCGGCAUUCAUGGCACUGCAACCCAUAAAACGAGAACAGAUUUCGUUGAAUCCUCCUGUAACCGUGUUUUACGACGUCAUUUCAGAUGACGAGAUUGAUAUCCUCAAAUCCAUAGCUAAACCAAAAUUGCAAGCUGGUUUAAAUGUGAAUUCGGUUACUGGUGAGAUGAGCCUAAGUCAACGGUGUGUACUUUUGAACGUUACAAUUCGCGAUGAAGAUCAUAAAAUUGUGAAGAAGCUAUCUCGUCGAAUGGAGAACAUAUCUGGGCUCAAACUGACCCGUGGCUCAUUUAACAUUUAUCAAUACGGAGUUGGAGGUCAUUUUAUUCCUCACUGGGACUACAAUUCCAUGAUUAACGAGACUUUGCUAAAUGUCCAUAGGGAUAAUCAAGUAGCAAGUUGGAUUUUUUAUCUGAGUGAAGUAGAAGUCGGUGGAGCUACCGUCUUUACUGAAAUUAAGACGGCCAUUCAGCCAGUCAAAGGAUCAGCCGCUUUUUGGUACAAUAUAUUACCGAAUGGACAAGGAGAUCCUCAAACGAGGCAUUCCAGCUGCCCCGUCCUAGUCGGAUCUAAAUUGAUUCUUGGUAAAGGAUUUGGUUAUAAAGCACAAAUGUUCCGCCGUCCUUGCCGUUUGAACUUUGAUGCCAAAGUGUAAACUCUGACGAAGAAAUUCCGCUUGAAGUUCAGCAACAAUGCUUGGAUGAAAGAAAAGAACUAAACAAUAAGUUUUAUAAAAACUAACCAACUUAUUGAGGUGUUCUUGUAUUACAUGUUAAUUUGAAUGCA